GUGUGGACGCGCGCGAACGCGACUUCAAGCACGCGGAACGGUGGUCUGACGAGCACGUAUUCAGCAACCGCGCCUACUUCAUGCCGGAGCGGCAGCCGGCCGAGCUGGGCGUCGAUCACAUCCGCGAGACCGACGCCGGCGUCUAUCGGUGUCGCGUCGACUUCAAGAUCGCGCAGACCAGGAACUCAAAGGUCAACCUUACUGUCAUAGUUCCUCCUAAUAAAAUUGUGAUAUUGGACGAAACUGGAAAAGAAAGGUCGUCGGUCGUUGGUCCCUAUGCUGAAGGGGCCAAUCUGCGACUGCGCUGUCUUGUCUAUGGAGGUAAACCACGGCCGUCAGUAGUGUGGCUACGCAACGAAGACCUGCUGACGAACAAGUCGAGUGUGGUGCCCGCUUCCAGCGGCGGCCAUGUCCUCAGCGAGCUCUUCAUCAACCGACUUGGCAGGGAGGACCUGCACUCCGAACUCACCUGUCAGGCAACCAACAACAACCGCACUCUACCACUCUUCAGCACUGUGCACGUUGAUAUGAACUUCAAGCCUCUGGAUGUGCGGAUCCUGGAAUCGUACCAACCUCUGUCUGCCAAGCGCAAGUAUGACUUACUUUGCCAGUCUUCGGGGUCAAGGCCGCCUGCCAAGGUCACGUGGUGGCGCAAUGGCCAGCGGCUUGAGGGCACCAAAGAAACUACAUCAAAUGAUGGCAACACAACGACAAGUACGCUGACAUUCAUCUUCAACAAAGAGGAUGCGGGUCGCAAUCUGUCCUGUCGAUCUGAGAAUCCUGUUCUCUCAUCAGAGGUCCUGGAAGAUUCCUGGACGUUGACAAUACACUAUACUCCCGAAACGGAGCUGACUCUGGGGACGUCGCUCAACCCGGAUAACAUCAGGGAGGGAUCCGACGUCUACUUCGAUUGCAAGGUGAAGGCUGAGCCUGGAGUCUACAAGGUCGAGUGGAGGCACAAUGGCAAGGCGCUCAACCACAACGUGGCGCAGGGAGUGAUAAUCAGUAACCAGAGCUUAGUUCUGCAGCAAGUGAGUCGGACCAGUGCCGGCAACUACACGUGUGUAGGAUUCAACACAGAGGGUGACGGCGAGAGCAACGCUUUCUAUCUCAAUGUGCUCUAUGCACCGACGUGUCGACCGAACCAGACGCGCGUGCACGGCGUGGCCAAACAGGAGAAGGCGAACAUCUCGUGCGAGGUGGACGCCAACCCGACUGAGGUGCAGUUCCGCUGGACAUUCAACAACUCGGCCGAGAGUCUGGAAGUGUCUCGUGGCCACAUUGCCAGGUCGGGCACCACUAGUGUUGUCUCCUACACGCCCAUGACUGAGCUCGACUACGGCACUCUGCUCUGCUGGGCUGCUAACGGCAUCGGCCAUCAGCGCCAGCCCUGUGUCUUCCACAUCAUUGCUGCUGGACGUCCGGACCAAGUGCAGAACUGCUCGGUGUCCAACACAUCGACCACCUCGUUCUAUCUGCGGUGCGCGGAGGGCUUCAACGGAGGCCUGCCGCAGAGCUUCUGGAUGGAGGUACGAGAGGCCGAGAGUCAGCUGUUGCGGGCCAACCUCAGCUCUCCCGUGCCACGGUUCUCGGUGGCCGGCCUGGAGCCUGGCGGUCGCUACCAGGCCUGCGUCUACUCGGUCAACGGCAAGGGACGAAGUGAGCCGGUGCCUGUCAGUGCCGUCACCAUGCGCCUCAAGGUGGAGAAGCCAUUGCCCAGUGAAAAAGAGCGACCGAAACAAUCGUUCCGCUUCACGCCGGUGAUGUCAGUGGUGGUGGGCGUGGUCUCGGCCAUGUUCCUGGUGGCGUGCAUCGUGGCCGUCGUGCUGCGUGUGCAGUCGUCGCGCGGCGAGGAGCGACGCAAGCGACACAAAUUCGACGCGCGCGUCAGAAGCGCCAGCGGCAGCCUGUCGGGCGGAGAGAAGUCGUCAUCGAGUCCCAUCAACAAGCUGGACCCGGGCGGCGACAGCGGCGGAGACAGCGAUGAAAAGAACCCAGACAUCAUACCUCAACCGAUGGGAGCUGACCCCGAAGACCACACAGAGUUCCUCCACAAGCGACAACACGUGUCGACUAUAGAGACGCGAUCUUCACCGCUGCUGCAGCAUGGAUACGGCCCUGGUCCUGGCCCUGGACCCGGCUACUGCACUCUGCGCAACGGCGGCUUGCCGCUACAGGAGUUAACCAACCUUCCUACCAAGCCUCAGGUGUCCCUGGAGGCAGCAUACACGUCUGGCGCCUGCACUCUGCCACGCGCACCCACGGGCCACAACUGGCCCGGCUAUGGUCGAACCCUCUACCACCAGGGGGGCGGACCCCCGCUACCCCCCCAGGAGGCACCCCCGCCCCCCACAGUCGACACACCGCUCAUGCUCGUCAAACGCGAGAGCACCGUCUGACUAAUGACCAAGUUGUAAAUUUUUUACAACUGGACUACUCUCAACGACUGCCUCCUGUCAAGGAUCAAGACUUUUUGAACAUUUCUAGUUUGUAAGUUUUAUUGGAAAAGGUGAACAGUGAGCAAUGGUUUCUUCAGCUCACGUAUGACACAGACUAACGUUUUUUUGUCUCUAUUUCCUACUUGAAAUACGUACUUGGCGCUGUAAGUUUUCAAAUAAACUGUGAGAUUUUAUAGGUGAGUGUUCAUUCGGUGACAGUUGCUGUAUCAUGGAGAGUUGCAAGUGAUAAGCAGAAUAAGGUCAGCAUCACGGUGGAUAAAAGUGUAUGCUAAUGCCCAGUUUCCCCGAUUCCAGAAGGCUUUAUUGUUACUGAUUGUAGGUUACCAGAAGCAUGUAACUUGUACCGUGUAGACACAAACUUGAUUACCUUACCUAACAACAUAGAGAAGAGAAUACAACAACUAUUCGUUUGUCUCUGCUUACAGGUUAAAUUACGUGUUCACAGCACAAUCUAAGCUUCUGGUAGCCUGUCAUCACUAAUUAGAAUGUCUAGUUGAAUCGUGAAAACUGAGCCCAAGGGUCUUCGUAAUGCUAAGUACCGUAGCUGAAUGGCGUCACUUUAUUAACCAAGGUUUCAAACUAGGCUACUAUUAGCAAGUCUAUUGAUAUUUUUACGAGAGAGGAAAGAUUCGCUGAAUAAUGUGAAAUGAAUUCAGAAAAAUCUAAAAUUCAGUCCUAUCAUAAUCGUGACAUCUUCAGUCUUCUUCUAUAAAUGUAACAUGGGUAAGCAUGACCCAUCUACUAAGCAAACAGGAUUUGUUUCAAAAAAGUGUAAGUCCUGUAAUAUGGGGAUAAGGCAACCACAAACUAGAUAUUUUUAUAAAUAAAUCGAUUACGAUACUCGAAUCACUGUACUAGAGUGAGAGCCCCGCUUCUACUUAUAAUUUAGGACUUUUAUAUUAUUUCGUAUAACGAUUCUGCCCUCAAUAUAUAGCCUAAUUAUCUAUACAUUAUGAAUGAAGAUAAUUGUGAAAACUUCUGUGACGAUCCUAGUGUACUUUGAUUUCAAAUUAAUGUUUACACAGAGAAAGCUCAAUCCAAAUGGAAACACUUCAAGGUUUCAACUCAAAAUGUAUUCCAUGUAGCCUGAAUUUGGUUCAAAUCACUGCCUGUUAUUAUUUGCUUCAACCUGGUACUCUAAUAGAUGAUAUCUAUAAAAAAGAGCAGCAUUGCAUUCGAACAGACAACCUAUAUUAAUAAAUUAUAACAAGCAAAAAUGCUCAACGGGCUAAAACGUAGUAUGUUAACUUAUGUAAAAACCCCAAUUAGUGAAGAUCAAACUUAUAACUUAACUCUGCAUGAAAGCUCUAAGAACAAACAUGGGCACGGUUCCCUCGGAUGCAAAAAGACGACUGCCGAGUUCCUUACCUCCAUCACAAACAUUUCAGUUGUCAGACUCAUGUAGUGGGAGGCCAGAGGUCAGAACAUUGAACACUCGGUCUCUACAAUUGAAUACCCACUGGAGCUCUGUGAUACAGCCAACUGGGUUAUAGAAUAAUUUAUUAUUACCGUAUUGAGAAAAACUAAGACAUAUUGAAGAAAUAUAAAAUUGUUUUUAGUUGUAAGUUACAUAAUUUAUCAUGGCUGUGAAAAGAUUCAUUAUAAAUAUUAUUAUGUGUAUAGAUUAUAAUGGUAUUACUGAAUACGAAUUAACAUUCCUCUUGUCCUUAUAAGGAGAUAAUUCAUUAUAGCUUGUAAUUUAGUCGAAUACUAGUAAUAUGGAAACAUGUAUGAUAAUAUUUUUCAAAUGUAACAAAAUCUUGUUCAAAGUAGGUUCUUUAUAAAAUUUUAAUAAGCAAAAAGAAAAUUGCAGGGAAUUCUUUGUUUUCCCAAUUAUCUUAUUCAAAAUCGUAACAGAAUUGAAUAGUACAGUACUUAUAAAUAUAAGAACAAUUGCCAAAAUAGUUUUUCCCUUAAAAUCUCAGUAUUUUUGCAAAUGGAAACAUGGAAUCAACAAACCAUAUUUGCAUUUUAUUUUCCAAUUAUUAAGUUCCAUUAAUCAUGAACAAAUAUUUUUAAUUGAUUCAAGUGAAUUAAUUAUGCUCUUCAACUGAUACAGAUGGAAUAAUAAAUUUAUUAGUUUUUAUCUUUUGCAACUUAUUACUUACAUUAGAUAGUUGGUAAGAAAAUAAUAGCUCAUGUGUAUGAUACAUGUAUUUUCCAAAGCUCUUUUUUCGUUAACAAAUACUUCGCUCAAAUUGGUAACAUUAAUUUUUAUAUAUUUUAAUGAUGAAUCAAUAUAAUUGAAUUUUUCUUUAUUUUUGUUUCAAUUUCUUAAACAAAAUAUACUUGGAUGAUAUGGUAUUGUUUUAACAUGAAUCAUGAAGAGGCUCUCUGAAAAUUUUCUAUGUUGAUAAAAUAGACUGUGAAAAAAGCUUUUUCAUGUUUUUAAAGUUUUCUUAUCUAUUCAACGAUAAUACAUUUCCAUCAAUAUACUACUGUACUAUGUAAUUGAAUUUGAUGAUUGCCUUCAUUUUUAUACAAAGUUUUAUCUAAAUAAGGUGAUGAGAGUUAUCGUAGAUUGAGCUACACAUGACUGUUGGAACCAACUAUACAGUAACUAUAUAACCUAAUGGUUAUACAGAACCAACAAAAAAGGUCUAGAAGAACUUAUAGAACUUACUUGGUUGGAAUCAUGUGUUGAGCAGGGUUAAUGAAAAUGGAUAAAGUAAAAUAUAACUUGAGUUUAAAAAUUGUGUAUAGUAAACAUUAUUGUAAAAAAAUCAAAUGAAAUGUGUAAAUACUGUAUGAUAAUAUUACUGUGAAUAUUGUAAUAAAACGUCAAUGUUUAUUAUAAGUUUAUAAAUAUAAAAGCUAUUGAAUUUAAAA